CUGGUUAGAGCAAAUAAUUUUUCGUCGCGUCGUAAAAUGUGCGCAUAAACUGAACCUUAAUAUUACAAAUAAAGCUUAGUUUUACGUAAUAUAACAAAAUACAACUCAAUUGCAGCAUUUAAGUGCAACGCCCACAAAUUUUGGCGCGACGGACAAGUGUGUCGAAAAUACCCCAAAAAAUCCCAAGCAACAGCAACAACAAGAGCAAAAUAGACUCAUUUUUGAUACAACAUUUUUUGGGCACACACCAAAAACGGCAAAGCAGCUAAAAAACCCUGAAUUUACAACCGCACUAUAAUUCAAAACAAUGGAGGAGCAAACGGACAUGGACUUGUCCAAAGUGUAUGUGGUACGCUCCGCUAAGGGCGUAGACAUGCUUUGCGUGGAUGAUUAUCUUUAUCAUUUUGAUCGCAUUGGCAAAAAUAACACAUAUCGAUGGCUAUGCAAUCGGCGGAAGGAUAAAGUGACGCCAUGUCGAUCCCGGAUCUCCACCAUAGUGCCAAAUACAAUGGACAAGACGACGCACGUUGUGGUCGAUGUUAUUCAGGAGCAUGUGCAUCCACGCUGCAGCGAUCACGAGAUAACAAAAGUCUCCCAACGCAAGCGUCUAUCCAACAUGAAAAUGAACGAUGCCUACAGCACCACCCAGCCAAAGCGCGCCCGCCUAUACGAGCGCGCUACGGCGGGCCUUAAUCCACCCGAAUGGAUAUCCACAAGCAGAGAGAGCGAAUCCCUGCAAUAUUCCUUUCAACUGGACUUUGAGGACAGAGAUCGGGUUUAUAUGCUGCGGCGUCGCGAUGGACGCGUCAUGGUUUGCAUCGACGGUCAUCUCUACUAUCUGGCUGGCAAGUCGUACAAGGGUGACAUGUACAGAUGGACGUGUGUGCGCAAGCGGGACAUUGAAUGCACCGCCAGGAUCUGCACAGAGGCGACGCUAGCCGGUGCACAUCGUUUGCAUGUUAUGGAAUCGGAUGCGCAUAUACAUCCACACUAUUCGGCCGACAAGCUAAUGCAAAUGUUUGCCAGACAUCAGAUUCUUCUGGUGGACGAUGAGCAAACGGUAGAAGUGCUUCAGGAGUGCCCCAAUUUGGAGUACUUUGACCCCGAGCUGAGUUUAGAGUCGGAGAUGAAAGGCGAUGAUGUCGCCUCAAUUAUCAUAGAAGAUUGCGAGGAGAACUAUGAGGUGUACAUGAACAUGGAUGGCGUAGACAGCUCCGAGUCUGUGCAGCCCGUUCAACAGCAUGAUCAGCCCAAUCUCGAUGACGAAACUAAAUGGCCUAAUGCCGCUGAUAUCAUUGACAACCAUGUGUCCCCGCCCAACUAUGAUCCGCUAACCGAAACCGAUCUGACCAAGUUCACGUUUCUGCCCUCGGCUAAGGGUCGCAAGGUGCUGUGCUUGGAUCGGCAUCUGUUUCACUUCGACUCGCAGAGCCGUGCGAAUGGCCACAUGUUCUUCACGUGCAUCAUGCGGCGCGACAAACAGCAAAGCUGUCACGUUCGCGUUACAUUAGAUCCUGUCGAGCACGGGCCACAGGUGUUGCGCAUCAACGGCGAGCAUACGCACAAGCCCGAUCUGCAGGAGAUACUGCGGCGCAUUAGUCAGCAGAAGAAGCAGGAGAAACUGCAGGUAAUGGAGAAGCGAGGAGGCAAUCUUAAAACGGUGCAGGUCAGGCGACAGUCACUUGGCAAUGAGGAAAUUGACUUUGAGAGCCAGGACGAGGUGGAAACAGAGGAGGAGGAGGGAGAGCCACUUACUGAACAUGAAGGCAAAUAUGAGAAACCGAAAGACCAGUCACCACCCUCCAACGUGGUUAUGAAAAAGGUCAUUGGCAUUGAUGGCAUCAAAAUGGAGCCCGAAGAAGCCAAGGCGGCCUCAAUGAUUGUCGAGUAUAUGGACGAUGGCGCCGACAACAUCAGCGCCAAAAUUGAAAUACUCCCGAAUGAUUUGGAGGUCAUCGAGCCCACCACAUCGACACCCAAGCCACAACUGACCAAUUUACGUAAGCGUCGCACCAACACAGUGCCAACCAGCAAUAGCACGCAGCUGACAGCAACGCCUUCGGACAUGGAUCUAACGAAAAUCUGCACAUUACGCUCGGCGAAAGGCAGCGAAAUGCUUUGCGUGGAUGGUUACAUCUAUCAUGCCAAGAAUCGUGGCCUCAUUUCACGCAAUUAUUGGGUGUGCAUCAAGAGCCGUGAUCCGGAGAUCAAUUGCAAAAGCCGCAUAUCGACGGCCACACAAAAGGACGGCUCCAUACGCGUUCUGCGCGUAUACAACAGCCAUAGUCAUCCGUUCAGCGAGGACGACAUAAAACGACGACUGUUUAAUGAGAUCAACAAGAAGAACAAUAAAAAGCUCAAGUUCCGGCCACUGCACUUCAUCGGCAAGUCUCUAGAGCAAAUCAAGCAGGAAUAUGGCGACCUAUCCGUCGAACAGCUCAACGUUUCCAAUCUCACCGACGGCAUUGUGGUCCAUAAAAAGCCACGCAACAGUGCAGGCAGCAGCAGUCACAACAGUAGCAGCACAUCCACAACCAGAGCGAAGGGGGACGAUUCGUUAAAUGCAGCUGUUGGCAAGCAAAAGUUGCACGCAGAAGACCAGGAGCACCAGCACUAUGAGGAGGACGUCGUCGUCGAGGAGGAAGAGGAUGGCGAGCAAGCAUGCAUACCGGAAGAGGGGCAGUUCAUGACUGUAGAGGAGGACAACACGGAUGCAAUUAUCGAAGUGGUCGAGGAAGUGACCGACAUGGAAAACUAUGGCAGUAUUGAACCCAUUUACACGAUGAAGCUGUACGCCGUAUCCGAUGGUCCGCCCUCGCUGGCCGUGCGAAUGACCCUCAAGGCGCUGGACAUUCAAUAUCAGCUAAUCAAUGUGGACUUUUGUGCGCUGGAGCACCGCACAGUGGACUAUGCCAAGAUGAAUCCACAAAAGGAGAUACCUGUGCUAGACGACGAUGGUUUCCAUCUGUCCGAGAGCAUUGCUAUUAUGCAAUACUUGUGCGACAAGUAUGCGCCGCUAUCGACGCUAUAUCCAGAGGAGCCCAACGAACGGGCGCUGGUCAAUCAACGUUUGUGCUUCAACAUGAGCUUCUACUAUGCGCCAAUCUCGGCGCAUAGCAUGGCCCCUAUAUUCUUCGACUAUGAGCGCACACCCAUGUCUCUGAAGAAGGUGGAGAAUGCGCUCGAUGUGUUCGAGACGUAUCUGCAGCGUUUGGGCACCAAAUAUGCAGCAAGUGACAAUCUUACCAUUGCAGACUUUGCAUUGGUAUCGUCGACACUGUGCCUGGAAGCCAUUGACUUUGAUUUAUCGCCGUAUCCGCUGGUACAGAAAUGGUACUCCACCUUUAAGGCGGAGUAUCCAGAGCUUUGGCAAAUUGCCAACAGCGGCAUGCAGGAGAUCAAUGCUUUUGAGCACAAUCCGCCGGAUCUUUCCCAAAUGGAACACCCAUUUCAUCCAACGCGCAAGCCUAAGGCAUAAAUCUAGUGCCGAAUUGUAGAUAUUAAGUGCAUUUGCUGCAUUAAGGCCAGCUUUGAUAGUUGAAAUAUACAUACAAAUUUUAUAUAAAAA